ACCACCGGACGGGCAGUGAUAUUUGCUCUAACGUUACGUUCCUGCAGCCUUAUGGCGAGUGGAUAUCGAGUAUAUAUGGUCCAGAGUUUAUGGGGAGUUGAGCGCCUGCUUUAAUGUUUGUUACGCACCGUUAAAAAAUAUGUUAUAACCGUUGAACGACGGAAAAACAACAACGGCCGACUCGCGUGUUUACGUCGCGGUGUUUUGGAACGCGAGGCUACGUUCUCAACGACAGUGAGAGUUGAGUUUCGGAAAACGACAAAAGUGAAGUCCAAAAAUGUGAGCGUAAACCACGGAGUAAAGCUGUUUAUCACCACAGGACAAAUGGAUCAGUCAGAGGAGGCGCUGGAGCAGAUCGCUGCAUGGUUUAGUGAAGAGGGACUUGCUCCUGACUCGCCUCAGGCGGCUCAGCUGUGUUUGCUAUGGCGCAGCCUCCAGCACACAAGAAACCGUCUGAGCAGUAUGACGUGGGACCUGGACACCCAGCGUUCACAACACUUAGCAGAGAUGGCGGAAGUACGCAAGUCCUUGGAGCAGAUCCGAGUCUUUACACAGCACAAAGAUGUUUUGGCUCAGGAGAUACAAGACGAAAAUGAUCAGCUCAAGGACCAGCUGCGACGCCUAAUAUCCCUUCAGGAUGCCCAGAUAAGCGAGGUGGCUAAAAUGCUGUACCAGCAGGGUCUCACAGAGUUGAUUCACAGCAGCCCCAGCGAGCAGGUGGCCUACCUCCUGGUGGAGAGAGCCUCCUUACUCGAGACGAGUGAGGUUCCCGACAACCUGACGGGUGAUGGAAACACGGCAAGCUCGCUGGGGACUGUAACCCAAGCGCCGAACACCAAUGCACACCAGCCUUACCACAAGGGGGCACCAUGUCAUGGCCAGACCCCAUGGAAGAGACUAUUUGGACUCCACAAAGCUUCACAGAGCAAACAUACGUUUAUUCCUGCUGAGGCCAGGCAUUUGGCUGGCCAAGCAAGCAGUGUGGAGAGGAAAUGUUCCCGGCUGGAGCGGGACCUGGAGGAGGGCUCCCGUCGGCUAGCCAUGGCCCACAACGAGAUCCGGCGUUUGACUGAUGAGCUGGAGUCUGCUCAUUUGACCCAAAGAGCCUAUGAGCCUGAGCUGGAGGCAGCACAGCAGGAGGUAGAGCAACUCAGACAGGAAGUAGAAAAACUGAAGAAAUACGAAAUGGUGGAACUAAGAAAGGCCAAAGAGUUGAACGAUCGUCUGGACUUUGAGAUCAGAGCCUUGAGGAGCAGGGUACGCUCCCUGGAUGCUGAGAAAAGCUCUCUGCAGCAGACGGUGGUGUCUCUGCAGGAGAAGGUGAAGCGACUGGAGUCAGCCCAACAGCAGCUCCUAACUGUUCAGGUCCAGGCCAACCAGACCACGGAGCUGGCUGAAAGGGAGUCGGAGCAACUGAAGUCGGCCCUGCAGGAGCUACAGCAGCAGGCUGAGCAGCAGCUCCUCACUGUGCAAGUUCAGGCCAACCAGGCUAAUGAGUUAGCUCAAUCUCAAGCAGCAGAGCUGGCACAGAGCAGACACACCUGCAGAACUUUACAGGAGAAAUUCACUGCUCAGACAACAUGCCUUGUGGAAAAGGAGGAGACUGUUGUGUCCCUAAAGAGGAAGGUAGAGGAGCUGGAGUCAGCCCUGCAGGAGCUGCAGCAGCGUGCCAAGCAGGCCAACCAAGCGGAUGAGUUAGAUAAAUUCCAAGCAACUGAGCUGAUACGGAACAAUGAGAUCUGCAGAGCUUUACAAAAUAAACUCAGAGCUCAGUCAAGAUCACUUUUGGAGAAGGAGUCAGAAAUACAUUCCCUUAAGCAGCAGCUGGAGCAUUCUCAUAAUAACCUGGAUGACCUUAUAGCUACCAUCUGCAGCAAAGAAAACAAUCUUCAUGAUCAAAAGCUGAGGAAGCAAAAACAGGCAGAUUCACAACUCCUUGCAACAGAGGAUGAAGAGCUACAGACACAACUACAGCAGCUGCAGAACAAGGAAAACACACUGUGUAAGCAAGGUCCUGAUUAUCAAGAAGCAGUAAAAACUCUGGUGGCCACCCAAGACGAGCUCAAGAUGCUUAAGAAGGAGAUAUGUGAAACCCUUAUAUGCCUUGACAAAGAGCGGAGUAAAUACCAUGAGAGGAAGGAAAAACAUAAGUCAAAACUGUGUCGAGCCAAACAAAAAUGUGAUGACGAAACAACAUGGCGUGAUGAGAAGAUAAAAAAUCUAGAGCGAGAACUGUCCUUGUGUUCCCAUUCAUUAUCAAAGGAAAAAGAGCUUACCAUAAGUAUAACUAUAGAAAAUGACAAUCUACUUGCCGAGAGGAGAAGACUACUACAACAGCUAAAUGAGGAGGAGCACAACAAGAAAGAUAUUUCAGCUUCUUUGUCCAAAUGCAGGGUGGAUUUUCUAGAGACGGAAAACAAGGAACUAAGAAACAAAAUACUCCACAUGUCCAAUCGGAUAGCUGUCCCGGAACAAAGCCUGCAAAACAUGCAGUCACUUCACUUUGCUGAGGAACUGAAAAAAAUAUCUAAUCCUACGCAUGUUUUUACAUCUCUCCUUGCGCAAACAUCAAGUGUGAAGAUGAUGCCUGAGCCAUGUGAAAUUCAGGGCUUAUUGGACAAUACUCAAAGCAAGCAGCCAGAAGUUACUUCUUCCCCUCACUGUUGCAUCUCUGGGCCCCUAUCUCAGUCAGCAGAGAUUGGCUACCUGAAUCUGGCCUCUGCUCAGAACCGCUCAGACCACUCGGCUCCCCCGGCUGCCCUCAGCAGCUCAGACAGUACGUGUUGUUGAGAUUAUCUAUCUGCAGCAUGAAUAUACUGUGCAGAAAAUAUUUUAUUUGUAAGUAAAUUAAAUUAAUAAACAAAACAAAAAAUA